AUGUCAUCGUCUACUUUCAUUAAUUUAGAUACUGAUGUUGUUACGGAAAAGCUUUCAGUAUUCCAGAAGGCUUUUCCUCAGCAACAUGUGAGAGACUUUUACAGAUUUGAUUCAAAGUUAACGACCGAGGAGAAUUUAUCAAAUUUAGCCUCUUGGUCUUUAAGAGAAGACCUAACCAUUCCACACUUAUACACUUACAAAAACAUAUUCUUGGAUUGUUGUGCUAGAUGGGUUUUGAAAUCUGAGUCUAGCCAACUCGUGCCUGUCCUACAUGCGUUAGGCAGGAUGGUAGGCCUUUUCCCAGAAGCUACCCAACUAAUCGAAUCAUUUUUGAAUGAGCAUACCCAUUAUUUCAACGCAAUGUUACAAACAUACCCUUCUCAAGACUCUCAAGAUAUUAUUAAAAUUCUAUUGGCAUUUUACCGUUUAAUUCAAUAUGACAAGGUUCGUUUCGAGAAAUACAUGAAUACAAGAACUCUAAACAUGCUUUUGGAGCACGAUUCUCCGGCUAUUCUAUUAUUGGUUCUUAAAGUUCUUAAUGUCAUCUUAGAGAUGGCAGAAAAUGCAUACGAAGGUCUCUAUGAAAAGUACAUUACCCAAGGUAACACCCAAAAGGCUAUCCUUGAUCAAUUCGAAGGAGCAGAAAAUGUUGAUUACCAGUUUUUGGAUUUAAAUGAGGCCAAGAGAUUAUCAAACUACCACAGCUUACCUAAUAAUACAAAUGAGCUAGUAUUGUCUAUUAGUGGCCAGAAAGUACCAUCAAAGCUCAUUCCCAUCGACACUACUCAGCUUUCUCCAUUGAUAGUUGAGGUUUGCGGUGUGUUUAUCACAAGAAUGUCUCAUUCUUCCAUUACAAAAGGUGAUAAGCCUCAAUUAGAACACUCUUCGGAUUUGGUGUAUACUGAAAGUGCCGAGAGUGCAUUGAAAAGUUUGGCACAAGGGAUUCAGUGCAACAAACCAACGAUGCUUGUAGGAAAAGCUGGUUCAGGGAAAACUUUCUUGAUCAAUGAACUUUCCAAGCGCAUGGGCUGUCAUGAUUCUGUAGUCAAGAUUCAUUUAGGAGAGCAAACAGAUGCAAAACUUCUAUUGGGUACAUAUACUUCUGGAGAAAAGCCUGGUUCUUUUGAAUGGAGAUCAGGUGUUUUGACUACUGCUGUCAAGGAAGGACGAUGGGUUCUAAUAGAGGAUAUCAACAAGGCUCCAACUGAAGUCUUAUCGGUGUUACUUACUCUUCUAGAAAAGAGAGAAAUAUCCAUUCCUUCAAGAGGUGAAGUGAUCAAGGCUGCUAAUGGAUUUCAAUUGCUAGCCACCAUCAGACUAGAUGAUCAUCAUUCUUCCAAAAGGCCUUUAACUAAUGAUAUAGACCUUAUCGGAUUGAGACUCUGGGAAAUGGUCUCAGUUAACGAGCCAUCCGAAAAGGAAUUAGAACUCAUUCUCCAAAAAAGAUUCGACAUUCUAAAAGCAUUAAUACCAAAGCUCAUAAACACUUACAAAUGCGUCAAAGACAUUUAUAGAAAUCCCCAAUUUGUUUCACUUAACAAAGGUGUACAUCCAAGAGUUGUGAGUGUAAGAGAUUUAGUAAAACUAUGCCAAAGAGUUACUUUGUUAUUCGAAAGUAAUAAUAUUUCCAAACCUGAUCAGCUAAUUGAAUCAAGCGUUUAUGAUAAUAUUUUCGCUGAAGCUGUAGACUGUUUUGUUGGUUCGAUUAGUGAAUACAGAGCUAUUCAACCUUUAGUUCAAUCUAUUGGAGAACAACUAGAAGUAUCUACUUCCAGAAUAUCGCUCUUCCUAAGUAAACAUGUCCCAGAGAUUGAGACAUCUGGAAAUGAAGUUAUCAUCGGAAGAGCCCAUUUGCAAAAGCCCAAGUUAACAAUACACAAAAGAAGUGCAAACUCAACUUCAUUUGCUUUCACCAAUCACUCAUUACGUUUAAUGGAACAAAUAGGUGUUUCAGUGAAAAUGUGCGAACCAACAUUAUUGGUUGGUGAAACGGGUACUGGUAAAACUACUGUUGUACAAGAGUUAGCGAAACUUUUGAAUAAAAAUUUAACUGUCAUUAAUGUGUCGCAACAAACUGAAAGUGGGGAUUUACUAGGUGGUUACAAACCUGUAAAUUGCAAAACUGUAGCAAUUCCCAUUCUAGAAGAGUUUGAAGGGCUCUUCAUUUCUACAUUCUCCAUGAAGAAGAACGAAAAGUUUUACAAACUUUUACAUAAGUGUUUCUCCAGAUCUCAAUGGAAGAAUGUUUCAAAAUUAUGGAAAGAAGCAAUCAAGAUGGCUCAUAGCAUUCUUAACAAAGAACCCAAGCAAAAACCUGAUUCAGAGAACAAGAAAAAACGUAAACUUGAUCCUGAAAGUAAACAGUUGUUAAUUCAGAAAUGGUCAGAAUUUGAAAAAACUGUCGAAGCAUUCGAGAUACAGUCAUCUACUCUCGAACAAUCGUUCGUCUUUAAUUUCGUAGAAGGUUCACUUGUUAAGGCUGUCAGAAACGGCGAAUGGUUAUUGCUCGAUGAAGUUAAUUUAGCCUCUGCAGAUACUUUAGAAAACAUUGCAGAUCUUCUUUCUGAACGUGAUUCUAGAAGUAUUCUUCUUUCAGAGAAGGGAGAAACUGAAUCUAUUAAAGCUCAUCCUGAUUUCAGAAUAUUCGCUUGUAUGAACCCUGCUACUGAUGUAGGAAAAAGAGAUCUACCUCCAGGUAUAAGAUCGAGAUUUACCGAAAUUUAUGUGCAUUCUCCUGACCGUGAUAUAACGGAUCUUCUAUCUAUCAUUGACAAAUAUAUCUCCAAGUAUAGCGUCAGUGAUGAGUGGGUUGGAAAUGACAUUGCAGAAUUAUAUCUAGAGGCCAAAAGGCUAGCAGAAGAAAACAAAAUUGUAGAUGGUUCAAAUCAAAGGCCACACUUCAGUAUUCGUACUCUAACUAGAACGUUACUCUAUGUUACUGAUAUUGUCCAUAUUUAUGGCUUAAGGAGAGCACUAUAUGAAGGAUUCUGUAUGGCAUUUUUGACUCUACUUAACCUACCUUCUGAAGAACUACUCCACGACAUCAUCAAGAAGCACCUCUUAGGUAGAAUGAAGAACCCUCAUUCAGUAAUGUCACAGGUUCCACCUUCUCCUGGUACGGAUUAUGUGCAAUUUAAGCAUUAUUGGAUGAAGUGUGGUUCAUCUGAUAUCAUUGAGCAACCACACUAUAUUAUCACUCCAUUCGUUGAGAAAAAUAUGCUAAAUCUUGUCAGGGCAACAUCUGGAAGAAGAUUCCCAGUUUUAAUUCAAGGUCCUACUUCCGCAGGUAAGACUUCCAUGAUCAAAUAUUUGGCAGAUAUCACUGGUCAUAAAUUUGUGCGUAUUAACAAUCAUGAGCAUACGGAUUUACAAGAGUAUUUAGGUACUUAUGUUACCGAUGAUACGGGAAAGCUUUCCUUUAAAGAAGGUGUUCUAGUUGAAGCGUUAAAGAAAGGUUAUUGGAUUGUCUUGGAUGAGUUAAAUUUGGCACCAACUGAUGUGCUAGAAGCUUUGAAUAGACUAUUGGAUGACAACAGGGAACUAUUUAUUCCAGAAACUCAGGAGGUCGUUCAUCCUCACCCAGAUUUUAUGCUAUUUGCCACACAAAAUCCUGCUGGUUUAUAUGGUGGACGUAAGGUAUUGUCAAGAGCAUUUAGGAAUCGUUUCUUGGAGUUACAUUUCGAUGAUAUUCCACAGAGCGAGCUUGAAAUUAUUUUGAAACAGCGUUGCGAAAUUGCCCCAUCUUAUGCCAAAAAAAUUGUGGAGGUUUACCGCCAAUUAUCUCUAAACCGUUCUGCAAAUAGGUUGUUCGAAAAGAAGAAUUCUUUUGCUACCCUUCGUGAUCUUUUCCGUUGGGCUUUAAGACCGGCAGUCGGAUACGAAGAACUUGCUGCCAAUGGGUACAUGUUGCUUGCCGAAAGAUGUAGAUCAACAGAAGAAAAGGAAGUGAUCAGAAAGGUCAUAGAAAGUGUGAUGAAGGUCAAGCUUGAUAUGGAUAAUUAUUAUGCUAAGUUGGAAGAGCCUUCUUUAAUGGAGACAGAUAGUACAGUUGUAUGGACUAAAGGUAUGAGAAGAUUAGCUGUGCUUGUAAAUAGCUGUUUGAAGAAUAACGAACCAAUUCUUCUUGUCGGUGAAACAGGAUGCGGUAAAACUACUAUCUUUCAAUUAAUUUCGAAGUACUUUGGAAAAGAUCUCAUUACUAUUAAUGCACACCAGAAUACUGAAACAGGUGAUAUCUUAGGUGCGCAAAGACCUGUACGUAAGAGAUCAGAAAUGCAAGCAAGACUCAACUCUCUACUUCGUACAGUAUUAGGCGAUCCUGAUCUUGAAGCAACUCUAGAAGAGCUUCUCUUCUCUUAUGACAAGUUAAGCAAGGAAGAAGUAUCAGAGGAAUUGCAAAACGAGAUUUCAUCCCUAAGAGACUCUCUCAAGAUUCUUUUUGAGUGGGCGGAUGGUCCGUUGGUUAAUGCAAUGAAGUCCGGUAACUUCUUUUUGUUUGAUGAAAUUUCAUUGGCUGACGACUCAGUCCUUGAAAGAUUAAACAGUGUUUUAGAGCCUGAGAGAAGCUUACUUCUAGCGGAAAAGGGAACUGUCGACUCCUUUAUCACAGCCUCGGAUGGGUUCCAAUUUUUUGCAACUAUGAAUCCAGGUGGUGAUUACGGUAAGAAAGAACUUUCUCCUGCUUUGAAGAACAGAUUCACAGAAAUUUGGGUUCCAUCUAUGGAAGAUUUCAACGAUGUUGAAAUCAUAGUUUCUACCAGACUAAGAGAAGAGGUUAAGGAUUUAGCGAAAACUCUUGUUAAAUUUUCUGAAUGGUUCUCUAAAAAGUUCGGAAAUGGGAAAACAAAUACUGGUGUUAUAUCUCUUAGAGAUAUCCUAGCGUGGGUUGAUUUUAUCAAUUCCACUCUAACUGAAGUUAAAGACAAGAAUGCAUGCUUAUACCACGGUGCUGCCAUGGUUUUUAUCGAUGCUUUGGGAACAAAUAAUACUGCACAUCUUGCUGCUAAUGAAUCCAAGCUUCGUGAACAGAAACAGGAGUGCGUCCAGGUUCUUUCAGCCUUGUGUGAGUAUGACUUGAUACCAUUUUUCGAUAAAAAAGUAGAUGUUGAAUUGAAUGAUAGAGAGUUAAAGUGUGGAGAAUUUACUCUUGAAAGAUCUUCCAAUGUUAUAUCAGAUAACUCUUUCAAAAUUAAUGCUCCUACCACUGCGAUGAAUCUCAUGAGAGUAGUAAGGGCUUUGAAUGUCAAAAAACCUAUUCUUUUGGAAGGGAGUCCGGGUGUCGGUAAAACCAGUUUAAUUGCUGCGUUAGCGGAAUACACCGGAAACUCUUUAACAAGAAUUAACUUAUCUGAACAGACAGACUUGGUUGACUUGUUUGGAUUUGACGCUCCGGGAGAAAGAACUGGUGAGUUCAUUUGGAGGGACGCCCCAUUUUUAAGAGCGAUGCAAAAAGGUGAAUGGGUUUUACUAGAUGAAAUGAACUUGGCAUCACAGUCUGUGUUAGAAGGUUUAAAUGCAUGUCUUGAUCAUCGUGGUGAAGCAUACAUUCCUGAGUUAGACAAAGUCUUUACCCGUCAUCCUAACUUUUUGGUAUUUGCAGCACAAAAUCCACAGUAUCAGGGUGGUGGUAGAAAGGGUUUACCGAAAUCUUUCAUUAACCGUUUCAGUGUAGUAUAUGUUGAUAUGCUUACACCAGAGGAUUUAUUAAUGAUUGCUACUCAUAUGUACCCCAAUAUUGACCGCGAUAUAUCAUCUAAAAUGAUAAAAAUGAUGUCGAGAUUGGAAGAUGAUGUAAGCAACAAAAAACUCUGGGGUAAUGCUGGUUCCCCAUGGGAGUUCAAUCUCAGAGAUACCUUAAGAUGGCUAAAGCUCUUAAAUUCAGCAUCUAUUUGCAAAGAUAUUACCACUGCCGAUUUCCUAGAAAUUAUCGUAAAACAAAGAUUUAGGUCACCAGAAGAUCGUUCUCAUGCUACUAAUUUAAUAUCUGAAAUUUUCGGUGAAAUUAGUGAGAGAGAUCCAAUUUUCAAGGUAGGGACUUCUUACUUACAAGUUAAUGCAGAAGUGAUCGAUAGAAACCCAAUUAUUCAGUUUGAUACGCUGCAAAAUCUAGUCCCUCUUCAAUGCAACUUUAAUGUUUAUGAAUCCGUACUAAGAUGCGUGAAACAUAACUGGCCACUAAUAUUGGUAGGCCCUACGAAUGCUGGUAAGACAAACGCGAUAAAGUUUAUAGCAUCGAUAAUUGGUAAGAAGACUGUAGAGUUUUCGAUGAAUAGUGAUGUUGACAGUAUGGAUAUUCUUGGUGGCUAUGAACAACUUGACAUUAACAGAAAACUAUCGACUACUGUUAACUCAUUACUAAACACUUUACAAGAAUUGCUCACCGUAAAUCUAUCUUCAGGAACAGAAGGCGAGAUUCUUUCAGCGGCAUUUGACUUAUACGACUUCAUUAGCAAGGUUUCAGUGUCUAGCUCAAACUUCCAUACCGUGGUAACGCUAUUCAAGAAACUUUAUGACGUUAUUGAGUCUAAUGAUUUGUUGGAUUCCUUAAAUGACUCAAUUCAACUGCUAAACAAAACUAUCCAAAAACCAGCCGCUGUUAAGUUUGAAUGGUUUGAUGGUAUGUUAGUCAAAGCGGUCGAAGAGGGACAUUGGCUAAUUCUUGAUAACGCAAAUCUCUGUUCUCCUUCCGUGCUUGAUAGAAUAAAUUCACUAUUAGAAACUAACGGUACACUAAUUAUCAACGAGUGCUGUUUGACUGAUGGUAAGCCUAGAGUAGUUCAACCACAUCCUGAUUUCAGACUCUUUUUGACCAUGGAUCCUAAGUUCGGAGAAUUAUCAAGGGCUAUGAGAAAUAGAGGUAUUGAAGUCUUUAUGGACGAUUUAUCAAAUCGUGCUUCAAGUCAAGAUAGAAGAUUGCUAGGAUUUGAAAUUUCCUCCCCUUCAAGUGUAGGUGAUGAUAUCCAAACGCAAUUUGAAUCUUUACAAUUAUCAUCUUCUCAUGGGGCAAAGAAACCUUUGGCUUCUUAUAUGUCAUCAAGAUCUUCUAAGCUACUACCUUUAGCUGCGAUACAUGAUUUUGCCUUGAGAGGCGACAUCGCUCCAUACUUAAUUUCUACUAUUCCUCAGAGUGCCACAAGUUUGAUACCACUUUGGUCAAUGAAUGUCCAGAACUCAAAACUGUAUUCAGAAGUGGAAUUAUGCCUUGAAAUGGACCUUGUUGUCAACUUUUUGAGAGAAACUGGGAAGCUAUCAGAAAUAAAUGCUGUGUACCAGCCUCUUGAGAAUACCGCCCCAGGAAUUGUAUUGAACGUAAGUGAUUUCUGUAAUCAUCAAAGUUUAAUUCCGACUUUGAACAGUUACAUUCAAUCUACUAUUGCCAAAUCCGCUCCCCUCUCCUUAACUUCAGAAUCAGUAUUUUUCUUUGCUUUGUCGUGGUAUUUGCUAGAUGCCAAGCAUAGAAUAGAAUUUGCAGAGAAGAAAGCAAUCAAUGGUAAGGUGAACGAAUUAUCCUAUUUGGAACUUUCAGCAGCUGCAUCUCUUGGAAAGAACAUCAAAAACCCACCAAAGAUCAAGAUUUUCAAAUUAUUGAGAGACAUCUUGAAGUUAUCUUUGAGUUCAAUUUCGAACGUUCCGUUGUUUUCGGAGAGAAAUAUCUACAAGGCAUUUUUUGAACUCUAUGGUUUAUGGCAUGGAACGUUCUCUGUAGCCCAGGAGAAAGAUGAAGCUAAACUAAGAGUAUAUCAAGAGCUAUUCAUGGAGUGGUUAAAUUCAUUUACUUCUGAUUUACCUUUUGCAUUGGACUUCAAAAAUCUUCUAGCCGAAGUUUCCCAACCUAAUUCUCUAACCACUGGUGCUUCCAUGAGUUUGAUUUGGGAGGAAUAUCGGAAAACCUAUCCAAUAACAGCAGAAACAUGGGAUUUGUUGCUACAAUUGGAGUCUCUUUCAAGAGAUUUUGAUUUUAUGACAAGUAGACAAUUCUCGGAUUCAUAUCCUGUGAUACAGGAACUCUUACAAAGUCUUCAUAAUUUAUAUGAUGAUAUUUUGAACAACGAAACAGCACACUUUGCUGAAAUUAUUGAAGAGGCGCGCAAGGCUAUUAGUAAACUUGACGAAAUUUCAGCCUCUUUCUUAAUUCAAAGGAAACAUUACUUUGCAGAAGAAUUCACUUCCGUAAUUAGACUUCUCAUCAAUGAUUUCGGACAUACGAGAAACAUAAUCGAAGAGAUUUCCUCAAAUUCCCUGAUCAGUGCAAUUGAUAUUAUAAAAUUGAAGUCUGACGACUGGGUUUAUCCUCCUAUUUUCAACCAGUUGUGGAAGAAGGAGGGAGAUAAGUUCAUCUCGAGAACGAAUACUAUCUUCAAACCCGUAAUGAUCGAAAGUAUCUUUAUGAAAUGUGAAAAGUUUGAGGAAGUUUCGGGUAGUCAACUUGAUCAGGCUUUACGUGAUGCUCAGCUUUUAGCAAAGACUAUGGUAAAAUCAUCUAGAAAAAUCUUGGAUGACCAAAAUAUUGUUUACGCCAAAAUACUUAAGGACUGGUGCUUGAAAAUCAUUUCACUACACCUAGGUGUUACCAUUGAUGAAACAAGAUCACUUUCUAUGGAAGAGAUAACAUUGAAAGUCAAUGAAUCAGAAAUUUCAUGGUUCAAACCAGUAUUCAAUAAAUUUUUGGGUCCUGCUAUAUUCUUAAUUGAGUCAAAUGUUAACAUUAAAACUCUAGGUAAGGCGUGGGUACUAUUUGCUGCUGGCCUGCUCCAACUUUAUGUUCCAAGCUCUUCUUAUGACCCUGCAAUUCGUGAUUAUGUUGUCUAUGAUAAUUAUAUUACUCAUAAGGAAUUGUCAGAGUCCCUAAUCAAUAACUGGAAAUGUGUCGGAAAUGUUCUUGUUGGUGAUCAUACCAUUUAUUCUGAGAGGUUAAUACCUCCAAUAGAUACAAAUGAUGCACCAAAGAAGCCCAGAGUCUUCCGUCCUUCACGUUCAAUUGAUCCGUUAUUUGAUGAAUGGUCUGCAUUUAUGGCUUCGAGUGUUGAUUUGUCGCCAGUAAUGAACUUACUUGAUUCUGUACUUGACAAUACCAAUAUUUCAGAAGACAGAUUAAAGAUGUUUGACCAAAACACUUCACAAUUCUUGGAGAGACUCUCUACAACAUAUCAAGUGUAUUCUGAUAUCAAUGAUAUAUUUGCAGGCUAUAUCUACGCCAUGAAAUUUGGUUUCAAUAUGCUCUCUCUUGGUACAGAGGACGAAUCCAAGAGUCUCGAAGUUUCUCCAUUGUUUUCUGUCGAUUGUACAAUGUUAACCACAGAAGAAUCUAUCAUUCUUCCAUUAACAAAACUCAAUCCUUAUUUAAAGGCAAGAAAUCAUAAUUCCUAUGAUGUGGAAAAGGUUUUGACUUACUUCCUAAAACUCUGUGUCCUUCAUAAGGAGGACAAUGGUAUGGUUGAAAGUCUAAACCAAGUACUACAGCCACUAUAUUAUAGAUGGUCUUUGCGUAGAAUGAAGAAUGAGCAGGAAGCCGAGCAAAAAGGAAGUCUCUUCAAAUACAGCGAUGAAUCCAAUGAUGUUGAAGCAGAGUUCAAAAAAAUGUUCCCUGAUUAUGAAGACUCUCUUUCCCUAGAGGAUGUUUCCUCCAAAAGUGAUGAAGCAACUUUGUCUGAUUUAUACUUUGAUAUUGCAAAGACUUAUAUGGAUAUUUUUGACAAGAGCUCUUCAACUUCUAUCACGGAAGUUGUUAGGGAAGGUUCGACCGUUGUAGCCCAACUAUUAGAAUGUUGCCAAGACUUUAAGAUGUACAACCUAAACGAAGCUACCCUCCUUGCUACUCUUGAUACAUUAACUACUAAGAGCAUGAACUUUAAGAAGGCCACUGACAAUAAAACCUUUGAUUUCUAUAGGGGAAAUUCAAUUAGCGAAACCAAAAAGGCCAUGAAAUUUAUUGAAAGCUUAUGGAAUCAUGUAAACGAACUAUUAAAGGAAUGGCCCGAACACGCCACCUUACUAGAAUUAUAUCGUGUUUGUGAAGAAUUUAUGUCAUACGCGGUUUCAACUCCAAUGGCCAGACUUUUGCAAAAACUUGAACAAAUCUAUACAUUUAUUGUCGAAUGGCAGAAGUACGCGUCUUCUAAAGUGUCAUUGCAAAGUCAUAUUGAUUCAGUAACAGGCAUCAUAGUAUCAUGGAGAAGAUUAGAACUACACACUUGGAAGGCAUUGUUUGAAUUAGAAGACGCUAAUAGUACUAAGAGUAUUGGAAAUUGGUGGUUCUAUUUGUUUGAGACUAUUAUUAUAUCUACUGAUAAUGCUGAAUCCGAUAUUUCAACGAAAUGUUCUUCACUCUUAGCUGCUUUAAACGUCUUCUUCAGCAAGAGCACAUUCGGUGAAUUCCAAAAUCGUCUAAAACUUGUAAAAGCGUUCUGCAAACAUGUAUAUCUACUAUACGGUCAUGGUUCGAUUGUUUGCCAAGCACUAGAUAACUUGGUUACAUUUUAUGAGCAGUUCACUGAUAUAGUAACUGAUAAAAUCAGUAAGGAGAAGAAGACAUUAGAAAAGGAAAUCUCAGAGGUUAUUCUUUUGGCCAGUUGGAAAGAUGUUAACAUUGAUGCUCUAAAACAAAGUUCUCGUCGUUCACAUAAUAAUCUUUUCAAAAUUGUGAGAAAGUACAGAUCAUUAUUAGCUACUCCUAUGUCCUCCAUCAUAGAGUCAGGAAUAGAUCCUACUUUAAAAGUUAAGUCUACAUACAACGCCACUACCAUUGCUCAUUUCAGGUCUAUUGAUUUGAUAUGGGCAAAAUCACUGGUGACUACCAUCCCUGAUUGGGACAGUAGAACUAAGGCCUUGAAAGAUAUUGAUUUGAUUGAUAAGAAUCUCGCCAUUUAUACCAAUAAAAUCGGGACCCAGACAUAUCCUGAUUUACUAGAGUAUGCUCUAUAUGUUUCAAGUGAAGCAAAGAGAUUACGUGAAGAGACACCUUCAGUGUAUAAAAAGGAUAAAAAGAAGUUACUUUCAACCCUUAAAUCACAGAAACAAAAGCUUCUAAGUGAUACUCUAAAGGAACUAAAACGUAUUGGUUUAAAGGCAAACUAUCGAGAGGAUAUCAGGAAAGUGCAGCAAAGUGUGAUUUCUGUGUUGACUAACUCAAAGUCAUUCAAAAGCACCGUAUUAAAUUCAUGCGAUCCUUACUUCUUCAGAAUCUUAGACUUACUACCUCGCUUGAAGAAUGCUGUUGCAUCUCCAUGUGGUGAUAUUCCGGUAGCAUACAUUGAGAGAGGUAUGGCAAUGACCGAAAACUUGGUGUUUUCGUUGAUUGCUACACGUGAACCUCUCUCUAAAUUUGCAAUAACAUACAGCAAACUAGAUCACUUAAGGUCAGACCUUGAAAACGUUUCAUUAGAUUGUAAGGUAAUGAAACACGCCACAUUAUCUUAUAACAUGCAGUCUUUUGCAUAUGUAUGCAAAUGGUUCCCUCAGUUGAUUGAUUACGUUGUCCAAUUUUUGCAGAACUCUCCCGACUGUCAGCUAUCCAACUCUACAAUAAGUUCUUUGAUAAACUACAAAAAUACGAUUGUUGAUUUUGCAUGGCAAUCAGGCAAAUUUAGAGUGUAUACUGACGAAACAGAACAGUUGCUGCAACGUUUCGGCGAUUGUAUUAAUAAGUUCAUUGCUGAGUUUUCAGAAACAGACCAAAACGUAUCUUUUGUGUUCAAUGUCUUAAUAUCAUGGUUACAACGUGGAUACACUACUAUGGAAAAUAUGUCUGACACAAUUCCUAUGGAAGAGAUUGAUGGUAAGUUACGCCGUAUCAGCACUUCGAUAUUACUUUCUGUUCAAAAAUUGUUGGACAAUAAAGUUGAAUUAUCUGAGGAGAACGAUAAGUGGCUGGUAGAAUGUAAUAAAAAAAUCAUGACUGAUAUCAAACUUGCCAACAGUGAAAAAAUUCAUGCUUUGAUCGACGACUUGAUAUUAACAUUGAAAAAGCAUUCAUUCAAUCCGAUUAACUCACCUUUAGCAUCUGCUGCUGUGUCUUUCACGAUGCCAAUAAUAAACCAUUAUUUCGUUAUGUUGAAUAAUAUAUUGAACUCUACCUCUGAGAAUUACUAUAAGUGCAGCAAGUCAACCUAUGUGUUUGCAACUUUAUUAUACAAUUUAGCGAAGGAUGGUUUCUGCUCUCCAGAGCCACCAUCAGAAGAGACUGAAGAUAAUAAUCUACAAGAAGGAACAGGUCUUGGCGAUGGGGAUGGUGCCCAAAACAACUCUAAGGAUAUAGAGGAGGACGAGGAUCUAUUAGAAGAUGCACAAACAGAAAAUAAGGACAAGAGGGAUGAUAGCGAUGAUGAGGAUAAUGAAGAAGAAGAUGAUGCCGUUGAUAUGGAAGGUGAUAUUGCUGGUGAUCUGGAAAAUAUUUCUGACCAAGAAGAUAAGGAUAACAAUGACGAAGAAGAAGAAGAAGAAGACCUUGAUGAAGAAAUUGACAACUUAGAUGAGGACGAUCCUAAUGCGUUAGAUGAAAAGAUGUGGGAAGAGCAAGCGGAAGAUGAUUCCAAGGAAAAGGAUUCCAAUAAUGUUCCUGAACAAUCUAAGGAAGAUGAUGUGCAAGCUUCGGAAGAACAAGCUGAUAACAAUGAUAUGAAACCUGAAGAUAAACCUAAUGAGGACCAACAAAAUGCAGAAGACGGGGAAGAAAAUGAUGAUGAAGAUGGCGAAGAAGAAGAUGUUGGAGAACAAGAAGAUGAAGUCAGAAACGAUGACAACGAGGAACUUGAGUCAAAUGUUCCGGAAGUAGAAACUAUGGACUUACCUGAAGACAUGAACUUAGAUUCAGACCAGGGAAGUGAUAACGAAGAAGAAGGUUCUGAAGCUGAAGAUGAAUUCGAGGAUAAGAUGGAUGUAGAUGAAGAAGAAAGUGACAGUGAAAAUAAAGCAGGCGAUAAAAUGACAGAAACUGAAAACCAAGAAGAUGAAGAUGGUGAUGAAGAUGUUGAUAUGGACGAAGAAGACAACGCAGAAGAAGAACAAGAACAAGAAGAGGAAAAUGAAGGAGACGUUGAAAACACUGACGAUGUCGAAAUCAAAGAAGAAGGUGUUCAAUCUGAUAAUGAGCUUGAGCAAGAACAAGAGCAAGAAGAAGAGUCAAAAGCAGAAGCUGGUGGAGAAGAUGCUGAGGACGUAGAAGGUCUUGACGGCUUGGAUGCGAUCGAUGACAAAGAUCAAAUUAACACCGAAGCGGCUGUUGAGCAAGAUGCUGGUGCUAAGGGUGAGGGUUCAAACGCCAUUGACAGCGAAGAGCAAAAUGAUAUUGGAAGUUCUGGUAUGGCUCAAAGUCAAAUUCAAGAAGACAACCAAGAAGAUAUCAUGGAUGUGUCCCGUAAAGAAGCUCAAGAAAGUUUGAAACAACUCGGUGAUUCAUUAAAAGAGUUCCAUAGACGUCAUCAAGAAAUCAAGGAAGCUUCAACUAACUCUGAAGAUCAACAAGAGGACAGUGCCAACCAAGUCCCAGAUGAAUUUGAACAUGUUGAUGGUGCAAAUACAGAAACGGAUACUCAAGCAUUGGGAACUGCCGAAAAGGAUCAAUUGACAGGGUUUGAUGAAGAUCUAGCAAUUGAUGAUGAAAUAAACGAACAAGAAGCUGAAGAUGCCAAUGUUGAAAGUGGUGAACAAGAACAGAUUACUGAGCCUAUGGAAAUAGAUGAGAGUGAUCAAAUACAAAACGGUGACGCUGAUAACGAGGAAAACAAUGGUAAGAGUAAGGGUGCGUUCAUUGGCGAAAGGAAAUUCGAAGAAGAAUCUGCAGAUCUAUUCAAACAGGAAGAUCUAUCCGAUGAAAAUGACUUAGAUCAGAUGCUAAAUGAAGUUGAUAAUGAGGUCACCGAAGAAAACUCUACCGCUGUUGCUCCUAGAUCUUUGGACGAGGCUCGUGUUUUAUGGAAACGUAGUGAACAAGAAACAAGUGAUUUGGCUGCUGGGUUAAGUGAGCAAUUACGUUUGAUUUUGGAGCCAACUCUAGCAACAAAGUUGAGAGGUGAUUAUAAGACUGGUAAGAGACUAAAUAUGAAACGUAUCAUUCCAUACAUUGCAUCGCAAUACCGUAAGGAUAAGAUUUGGUUGAGAAGAACGAAACCAAGUAAGCGUCAAUACCAGAUUAUGAUUGCAGUCGAUGAUUCCAAGUCUAUGAGCGAGUCAAAGUCGGUUGAUUUAGCAUUCCAAAGUAUUUGCUUAGUUUCCAAGGCUUUGACGCAACUUGAAUCCGGUGGUCUAUCUAUUGUCAAGUUUGGUGAAACUGUCAGAGAGGUUCAUCCAUUUAACAUGCCAUUCAGCACCGAAUCUGGAUCUCAAACAUUCCAAUGGUUUGAUUUCCAAGAGAACAGAACUGAUGUCAAGAAGCUAGUCGCUGAAAGUAUCAAAAUUUUCGAAAGAGCCAGAGCAUCAGAAAACAAUGAUCUCUGGCAACUAGAGAUUAUUAUCUCUGAUGGUGUCUGCGAAGAUCACGAGACAUUGGUCCGUUUAGUCCGCAGAGCAAGAGAAAACAAAAUCAUGCUUGUGUUUGUUGUUAUUAACGGUAUCAACUCUAAUGAAUCCAUUAUGGAAAUGUCUCAAGUGAAGUAUAUUCCAGAUGAAUAUGGAAACAUGAAGCUUUCUGUUCAGAAAUACUUGGAUACAUUCCCAUUCGAGUUUUACGUUGUUGUUAACGACAUCAACGAACUUCCAGAAAUGUUAUCUAUAAUCUUAAGGCAGUAUUUCUCAGAAAUGGCUGCCAUGUAA